UUUAAGUUGUACAACUUUGGAGAAACAGUUUCUGUAGUUUUCUGGACGGAUACGUGGAAACCAGAAAGCUUUUUUGACAAGAUUCAGAAGAACAAGCAGAAUGGAAUGCACACGCUGUGCUUACUUGACAUAAAAGUAAAGGAGCAAUCUCUGGAAAACCUGAUGAAAGGAAAGAAGAUUUAUGAAUCACCACGGUACAUGAGUGUGAACCAAGCUGCAGAACAGCUUCUUGCCAUUGUUCAAAAUAGGAGGCUUCAAGGAGAAGAACCAGAAGUUACGGAGAACACACUCUGUGUUGGCCUAGCAAGGGUGGGUGCCGUGGAUCAGAAAAUUGCUUCGGGCACCUUACAACAGAUGUCCACAGUAGAACUAGGUGGCCCACUCCAUUCCAUGAUCAUAGCAGGCAAUAUGCAUCCUCUGGAAAUAGAUAUGCUUAAGCUCUGUGCUGUGGAUGAAUCUAGCUUUGAAGACAAUGAAUGUCAAAGGAACACUUGAAUAAAGAGCCUUUACCUGGCCCCUGCUUUGUGGCAAU